CCAAGAUCUGAUUUCUCUCAACGAACUAUAACGAACAAUCAAUUCCUUUUAUUAUUAUUAUUAUUACGGCCCGGUUCUGCUGCAUUGAGAUUCAGAUAUGAAUUGCAAAUUCUCCGACGAUCCAAUCACAAGGGAAUUUUAUAUUCCGACGUAUAUCCUGUCGCCCGAUGCCGCCGGUGAGACAACGGAGACGUUACAGGAUGUGCCGUCCUCGCCGGUGGUGGUCUUCAUCAAUUCUAAAAGUGGCGGCCAACUUGGAGGGGAUCUUCUUCACACCUUCCGCUCUCUGCUCAACAAACAUCAGGUGUUUGAUUUGGGAGAAGAAUCGCCAGAUCGGGUGCUGCGCAGGCUGUAUCUGAAUCUAGAGAAGCUGAAGAGCAACGGUGACGUGUUGAGUUUAAAACUGCAGGAGAGAUUGAGAAUUGUUGUGGCUGGCGGGGAUGGCACCGCUGGCUGGCUCCUUGGUGUUGUUUCUGAUCUCAAAUUAUCUCCACCUCCACCCAUAGCUACCAUGCCUUUGGGAACUGGAAACAACCUUCCUUUCGCAUUUGGAUGGGGGAAGAAGAAUCCAGGAACCGAUAAGCAGGCUGUGCUCUCUUUCUUGAUCAAAGUGAAGGAUGCAAAAGAAAUGAACAUAGACAGUUGGCAUCUUCUGAUGAGGAUGAGAGCACCAAGACAGGGUUCUUGUGAUCCGAUUGCACCUCUUGAAUUGCCUCACUCUUUGCAUGCUUUCCAUCGGGUGUCUGAAUCUGACGAACUCAAUGUGGAAGGGUAUCACACAUUCCGUGGUGGAUUCUGGAAUUAUUUCAGCAUGGGGAUGGAUGCACAAGUAUCAUAUGCAUUUCAUUCUGAACGGAAGCUGCAUCCAGAAAAAUUCAAAAACCAGCUUGUGAAUCAGAGUACAUAUGCAAAGCUAGGGUGCACACAAGGAUGGUUUGCUGCCUCAAUCUUUCACCCUUCCUCAAGGAACAUAGCUCAACUAGCAAAAGUUAAGAUCAUGAAAAGGCCAGGAGAAUGGAAAGACCUCAAAGUUCCGCACAGCAUCAGGUCAAUUGUAUGCCUCAACUUACCCAGCUUCUCUGGUGGGCUGAACCCUUGGGGAACACCAAAUAUCCACAAGCGUCGAGAUAGGGACUUGACUCCCCCAUUUGUAGAUGAUGGACUCAUAGAAGUUGUUGGCUUUAGAGAUGCUUGGCACGGACUGGUUUUGCUAGCUCCAAAUGGACACGGCACACGUCUUGCUCAGGCACAUGGAAUCAGGUUUGAGUUCCACAAGGGGGCAACAGAAGAGACAUUCAUGAGGAUUGAUGGGGAGCCAUGGAAACAGCCCCUCCCGGUGGACGAUGACACGGUAGUGGUGGAAAUAUCUCAUCUAGGGCAGGUUAAGAUGCUUGCCACCCAUGACUGCAGGGCCAAGAGUGUGUAUGACCCCUCUAGCCCAUCCCACCGCGAUGGCGAUGAUGGAGAUAGUGGCGGUGAAGAAGAUGAUUCCAUCGCCGAGGAACGGAGAAAGUUUGGGGCUGCAGACACCUUCAAGAUUCCCGACGAGAUCGACAUUUCUACUCUCAGUUAAAUACCAUCCAUCUCUUCUCACAUUCUUUUAUUUAUAGCACUUGAAAAAUACCAUAAUGCGUUCAGUUUUUUAUUAUUAUUUAAAAUUCUUCCUCAAUUGCUGUAUAGAAAUGGGAUUGCACUUCUCUCAUUCUCUGACUCCCUCUCUUUGUCCCUUAAUCUGCUUUUUUCUUUUUUUUGGUAUUUCAGAUAUAAAUGUCAUCUUCUCUUUCAGUCCAGGAAUAAUAUUGUUACAUUUUUUUGUCUUUCUAAAAUAUCUAAUUCAUUUCCCACGCAGAAAUUUGAGUGAAAUUUUGCAUAUUGAGGAACACGAAGGAGGUUAUAAAAUGCGGUGUAGCAAAAGAAGAGAAAUUGUUUGAACAUGAAGAUUUGUCACACGAAAGAGACGUUGAACAAUCUAUUGGAUUUUUUUUUUACUAUAAUAGCGUUGUAAAUUCAUAAAAAAACUGAUCAACAAAUUUACAUUGUAAAUAUGCAGUUACGAAUGAAUAAGUCAAUUAAGG